AUGGUUGUCAAUACACCUGUUUGCGCAUCGGGCCUCCCAGGAGGGUUGAAGCGGCCGUUGUCAUCCUUACAAGAUGACUGUGCUGGCUGGGCCAGCCCAAUGCACAUGGGGGCUCCGCUACGCCCAUCCCUUUGUCUUCCAUUCGAGCACUAUGCCUUGAUCUACUAUGACAACACGGGCAAGAUCGAAGUCGAGGAAUCACCAUCUAUCCGAGAGCAGAACCGCUCUGUCAUCACACACGAAGUCCGCGAGAGGUUUCGUGACAUGAUCGGACCGAAGAUUGGAUACCAGAAGCCACUACUACGCCGUGCCUCUGCUGGCUCUCACGCAUACGGACAUGCCCAUGAUAUGGCACCGCCACGUCUUGUUAAACGACGCAAAGCUUCAGCUCAAGACCAUGCCCCUCAACUAGCCUUUGGCGAACGCUUCCCCCCGGAGCCUGUUCCACAGAUACCCUCACCCUCCAGCAACCACAGAGUGAUUCUGAAGGCUGGCGACACCGCAAGGAUCACCGAGUUCUACAAGCUCGCAUUCGAGAACCUGCAGCAGGUAAACUGCCGUUACCUGGGUAAGGAGUUCAUCAAGGACAUUGAGCCGAAGAAACAAGUCAACCACCCAUACAAAGGAAACAAAAAGAACGGGAAAAGGCUCUCGGAUGAGGAGAGCGAUCCAGAGUUGACAAAACCAGACUGGUGGCCACAGUUCGGGGUCCCUCAUAAAGAACCCGACCAUCUGAAGAAAGAGCCGCGUCUCCGUCUUCUGAUCCAUAUCAUCCGCAAAUUUUCACCCGACAGGCUGCUAAUGGUCGCGAACGAGCACAAGAGGAAGCUCAAACCUGAAGAUGCCUUCGAAGACAAAAUGGACAUUAUCAGAGAAAUAUUCAAGGUCAGGAAAAUGGAAGAGAAAUUUGAGCGCGGAGAAGUUGCCGGGGACCAUGGGGUGUACGUUCGCCAGUACGAGACACCCGGUAAGGGCUCGAAAGACAACGAGUCGGUUAUUAGCGACACAGAGCCCAAGCGUGAGGCUGACGACCUUGACGAUGCUGAAGACGAACCAUUUACCACAGCCUCCGAAGCGGACAACCUGCCAUCAUUCGCGUCGGUUAAUCCUCUAGCCCUACAGCAGCCACGUCCCUUCGGCAUGAGCAAUGAUCCGUUCCCCUUGAACGAGUCUUUGAGCUUCCAGGACCCGUCAAGGCAGGCUCGCCCGUACUAUACGACCGCUGCCGAGUACGCGGAUGAUUACUCGCCACAAUCUGUCUUGCGACCUACAGCUACUGACCUUGUCGGCCCUGAAGAGCACACCGAGGCCUUCGAAUACCUGAAUCACACCCCUUUCACAACUUCUGCUAUCUCUGAACACCAGCACCGACCUCUCUCUAUGCAGCAAGCCAGCCACUACGAGACCUGGACACAGUUCCGCCCUAACCUCUACAACUCAAUGGAGUACGGGGCCUCUCCAACCCUCGCCCAGAACGCGAUGCACUACCCGAUAGCACUGGGUUCCUCUCAAGCUGAAAUAGCACACGGCCUACCUGACCCGAGCCGUGACCGACCAUCAUCCUGGGCCUCGCUCAACAAGUCUUUCUAG